GGGGCUGGCGGGCACCGUGCCCGUCCCUGCCGGUCUCCUGGGCACUCGGCCACCGCCCCACCUCCGCCUCCGUGCCAUGGAGCCCGAGCUGGCGGCCCAGAAGCAGCCCCGGCUGCGGAGGCGAAGCCGCCGGGCCUCUAGGCUGAGCACGGAGAGCAGCGCGGGGCCUUCGGCCGACACCCCCGGGCCGGAGCCGGGGCCGGGGCCGGGGCCGGGGCCGGACGGGAGAUACUCCCUUCGAAGAGGUAGCUCCUUCACUUUUUUAACACCUGGCCCCCACUGGGACUUCUCUUUGAAAAGAAAACGAAGAGAGAAAGAUGAUGAUGUUGUAAGCCUUAGCAGCCUUGAUCUGAAGGAGCCAAGCAAUAAAAGAGUCCGACCUCUCGCUCGGGUCACAUCCUUGGCAAACUUAAUCUCUCCUGUAAGAAAUGGAGCAGUCAGACGUUUUGGGCAAACAAUACAGUCAUUUACCCUUCGUGGUGACCACAGAUCCCCGGCCUCUGCCCAGAAGUCGUUCAGUAGGUCUACAGUCCCAACACCUGCCAAGAGAAGAAGCAGCGUGCUGUGGUCGGAGAUGCUGGACGUCAACACCAAGGAGUCUCUGACCACCAGAGAGAUCAGGCGGCAGGAGGUGCUGUAUGUCUGUGGUGUCUGCUUGCUGUCUGUGUGUGACACAUUCUGUCUCUGACAGGCCUACCAUGACCCCAUGUUAAAGUUAUCCAUCAUGUCGGAAGAAGAACUCGCACACAUAUUCGGGGAUUUGGACUCUUACAUACCUCUGCAUGAAGAUUUGUUGGCAAGAAUAGGAGAAGCAACCAAGCCUGAUGGAACAGUGGAGCAGAUCGGUCACAUCCUCGUGAACUGGCUGCCGGGCCUGCAUGCCUACAAAGGCUACUGCAGUAACCAGCUGGCAGCCAAAGCUCUCCUCGAUCAGAAGAAACAGGACCCGAGAGUCCAGGACUUCCUCCAGCGAUGUCUGGAGUCUCCCUUCAGUCGCAAACUGGAUUUGUGGAGCUUCCUCGAUAUCCCGCGAAGUCGUCUAGUCAAAUACCCUUUGCUGUUAAAAGAAAUCCUCAGACACACUCCCAAAGACCACCCUGAUGUUCAGCUUCUGGAGGAUGCUGUAUUGAUAAUACAAGGAGUGCUCUCUGAUAUCAACUUGAAGAAGGGUGAAUCCGAAUGCCAGUAUUACAUCGACAAGCUGGAGUACCUAGACGAAAAGCAGAAGGAUCCCAGAAUCGAAGCAAGCAGAGUGCUACUGUGUCACGGGGAGCUGCGGAACAAGAGUGGACACAAACUUUACAUUUUCCUGUUUCAAGACAUCUUGGUUCUGACGCGGCCUGUGGUGCGCAACGAGCGGCACGCCUACCAGGUGUACCGGCAGCCCAUCCCCGUGCGGGACUUGGUCUUAGAGGACCUGCAGGACGGAGACGUGCGGAUGGGAGGGUCCUUCCGGGGGGCUUUCAGCAACUCGGAUAAAGCUAAAAAUAUCUUUAGAGUUCGCGUCCAAGAUCCCUCUCCGGGUCAGUGUCACACUCUGCAAGCCAAUGACGUGUUCCACAAGCAGCAGUGGUUCAAUUGCAUCCGAGCUGCCAUUGCCCCUUUCCAGCCCGCAGCCAGUCCACCCGAGCUCCGGGGCCUGCCCGAGCUCCACGAGGAGUGUGAGGAGAACAGCCUCUCUGCCGCCAACCCCCCAGCCCAGAGGAGGGGAUCUGUGGUUUCCAGCAUCACUCAGGCAGAAGUUGAAAACGCUUUGGAAUGUGGCUCCAGUGUGCAGCUAGCAGAAGACCCCAAGAGUGUGGAAGCACCCCAAACACGGCCCAGCUUCCGGAGAGCAAGGGACAGAGCCCAGUCAGGCGGCAAACGGAAAGAGACUCUGGUGUAGAGAAGGCUCUGUGUGUCGCCUGGGGCAGAGACUGUUUAUUUAUAAAUGUGUACAGUUCUGUUUUUCCUGUGAGGCGAGCGUAGGAGCAUCCGUAGGGUUGCUUUAUGCUGCUUGUAAUAUUGUCGUUGUUUUUGGAGGUUCUGUUUUCUUUCCUCUCGUCUUCUUUUUAAUGGCAGCUAAUGAUAUACAGAUUACUGUUAAAUUGCAGUCUUUUUUAAGAUGUUUUCUCAGAUUUUUUAGAACAUGCAAGGCGAGUAUUUUUAAUUAGAUGAAACAUUUACAAAAUGGAUUUUCUCCUAAUUCUGGAUUCAUAAUGACUUUGCAUUAUCAACCAAUUGUGAUAUUUACUGUAUUUGCCAAAACUCAGAAUUUUGCAAGUGUUUCUUUGAUAAACCUUGCAUGCAAACAUUUUUCCAGUGUUUCCUUGAUAAACCUUGCAUGCAAAAUUUGAAAUUUUAACAUCAUACCUAAAUUCUACAAGGGAGUAUUUCAAAAUUUACAUUGAAACAUAACUUCUUUGGAAAACAAACCAUAAAACUUAAUAGGUUUCAUUUGAUCAACUGGAAUGCUUUAUGUUAGUUUGUUUUUCACUGCACAUUCCUCAUUUUUCAUUCAUAACCUGCCAAUUAUUUAAUUUUUUUAUUGUAAAGUAGUUUUUAGUAUUUGUUUUUAUUUUUUUUAUUUUAGUGCCUUUUCAAAUUGGCAUGUCUUUAUUUUUCUUCCUGAUUAUAAAUGUGUAUGUGUGUGUGUGUAUAUAUAUUUUUUUAAAUCAUAUUAACUUUACCAAGUGAAACCAAGCCAUACUGUGUUUGAGCCAAUUAAGAAAAUUGCAGUUUUUAAAGCGCAGGAUUUCAGGAUAGUGAAGACACACGCAGUGACUCAGUGAAUUAAGGCUACUGGAAGAGAGCCACGUAGGGACUGCACUGGAAGUUUAACGUCUGAAAAGCGAGAGGGAACGUGAUUGGUAGUAAGUUUAAAAGAAAAAAGGAGGGAAAAGAGAGUAGUUUUGUCUUACAGUAAAAAUGUCUGGCCAUGCCAGAGUGGAAGGAGCAGCUCUCUAGGGGGUGUCGUAAGUUGUUGAAGGGUCGAGGGCAUGUGGACUUCUGUUGCCUGGGUUUACAAUACCUGGAAAUAAUGAAAUGUGUUGAAAAUUUGACCAUAUAAGAUCAGUUUGGGUGUAUUUAUUAAUAAGAUGGAAAAAGACUGAGUCUUUUACUGUAAAACGUCCCAUGAAAAUGGGAUUGUGAUCCUGAAAGCAGGGAGAGUGAGAGCCCAGUGUCAUGGCAGGUGCACAGCGGUGAUGGGUCUGGUCACAGCCCUCAUGUGAAAUAUAUUUGGCCAGUGGAAGUGAAAAUUGGAAAAGACUGUAAAUAGAUCAAUCUAAAUGAUUUCUGUGUAUAAAUGAAUGGAUAUAAUAAAAAACAUACACACAUAA